ACCCAUCAACGGCCCUGAAUCACUUUCACAACACACACGGAUCGAGUACCAAACCUAUCAUUCUAUAUAUUCACAUCCCCAGAUCCCCUGCUUUCUCAUUCUUCUUCACUCACUCACAAAUCUCCAACUUAAUUUUAAGAAAUCAAAACUAGCUAAGAAGCAACACAAUGUCAGGAAGAGGCAAGGGAGGCAAGGGUCUGGGAAAGGGUGGAGCCAAACGACAUCGUAAAGUCCUCCGAGACAACAUCCAGGGUAUCACCAAGCCUGCUAUUCGAAGAUUGGCAAGAAGAGGUGGUGUGAAGCGUAUAAGUGGACUGAUCUAUGAAGAAACUCGUGGGGUUCUCAAGAUAUUUUUGGAGAAUGUGAUUCGUGAUGCGGUCACUUACACCGAGCACGCCAGGAGGAAGACGGUGACUGCCAUGGACGUUGUGUAUGCUCUCAAGAGGCAAGGAAGGACCCUUUAUGGUUUCGGUGGUUAGGGUUAGUUUGAUUGGGGUUUAAAGGUCUUGCUGUCAAGAAAUCAAUGUGGGCUGCUGUUUGUUAUGUGUAGUGUUUAACUUUUAGGUUGUAGUUUGUGAAAGGUUGAUAUUGAAAAGUUGUAUGGUGUUGAAAUGGUUUAUGGAAUGAAUGAUAUGGUCCUUUUGCAACUUA